UGCGAUGCGAGGUUACGUGGACGAAGGUUUGUGAAAUGGCACAAGAUAUCCAUAGAAACUCUUUACAAACGGUUAAAUAUUGAUUGUUCGAUCGUAAUAUCUCUAUUUUUUGUUAACCUGGUUGUAAGCAGAAUUCAGCAGACUUUAGAGAAACCAUGAUAAAAGUUGUAAUUCUUAUUGGAGGGCCAAUGAAAGGAACAAGGUUCCGUCCUCUCUCUUUGGAGUUGCCUAAACCGUUGUUUCCUAUUGGAGGAUUUCCAGUCGUUUAUCACCAUAUCGAAGCUUGCAAGAAGAUUCCUGAACUGAAAGAGAUUAUCUUAAUUGGAUUUUACCAGUCCAGUGAGAGUUUAUCAAAGUUUAUUCAGAAUGCUCAACAUGAAUUUAAUAUUCCUAUCAGAUAUCUCCAGGAAUUCCAGCCUCUUGGCACCGCAGGAGGAAUAUAUCACUUCAGAGACCAGAUUGCUAUGGGGGAACCAGAGGCAUUUCUUGUACUGAAUGCUGAUAUCAUGGGAGACUACCCUCUCCUUGAAUUUGUUGAAUUUCACCGCAAACAUCCAGGAGAACAUUCCAUUUUGGCUACAGAGGCCAACAAAAAACAAGCGCACAACUUUGGCUGUUUGGUAGAAGACCCUGAGACCCACAAGGUUUUGCACUAUGUAGAAAAGCCAGAAACAUUUGUUAGUGAAAUCAUCAACUGCGGCAUUUACAUCUUCUCGCCGGCUGCCUUGUUCAAACUCAUGGGAGAAGUCAUUCAAAAGAAUUAUCGCAAAAUGAGUGAGGAACCAUUUGCUGGCAAUGUUGAAGCUGUAAGAAUGGGUGAAGAUGUUCUUGCUGCUAUAGCCAGUUCAGGAUCACUUUAUGCAUACAAGUCAACCUCGUUCUGGUCCUCAAUCAAGAAUGCUGGGUCUGCAAUUUAUGCAAAUAGAAAUGUACUUUCUAUGUAUCACAAGACUCAUCCAGAUCUUCUGGCUCAGAAUGGAAAAGGCCAGCCACACAUUAGAGGUGAUGUAUACAUUCACCCAAGUGCUGUGGUCCACCCUUCAGCAGUGCUUGGUCCCAAUGUAUCCGUUGGUAGUAAUGUAGUCAUUGGUGCUGGAGCACGGGUAAGAGAGACAAUCUUACUUGAUGGAGCAGAGCUGAAGGAUCACUGUUGUAUUCUGUACAGUAUUAUUGGCUGGAACUGUUCCAUAGGAAUGUGGUCACGAGUUGAGGGAAGCCGCUGUGACCCAAACCCCAAUGAAGAGUUUUCUAGGCCAGAUGGUGAAUCACUGUUUGGUAAUGACGGCAAGUUGACACCAUCAAUCACCAUACUAGGUCGAAAUGUAACAAUACCAGGAGAAGUCAUAGUUCUUAACUCAAUUGUCUUGCCGCACAAAGAUCUUGGCCAGAGUUAUAAAAAUGAAAUUAUCUUGUAGUAAAUAAGAUAAUGGGUUGUCUCUUCAUCCCAGCUCUACGCUGCAAGCUAUACUACUUUUGUUUGUCUAGUUUGAUUGUGCAGCGAAAAAUUAUUAAUUGGUGUCGAGAUAGAAUAUUGAAGUUUCCUUCUCUGAAGCCUCGUAAACCCAGACAAUCAAACUUGGCGAGCAAAUUAAUUAAUGUCCUAUUCUAAGUCUUUAGUUAGGUAGUAAUUUUAAAUAAAUUAAGGGCUGAAGUCGA